AUGGCUGAUGAAAGUUGGGUUUUUGAUAGUUUGAUUUGCUUUCUUCAUUCACCAGCAUGGAACGCAUCUUUAAGCACAUUUAUUGAGGAAAAAUCGAUCAUUUUUGAUCCUAACAUUGAGAUUGACAUUUCAAAUCCUGAAUACAUCGCCGUUCACAAUGAAUACAAAAAUUUGGUUGAUUUUAUGCUUGGAAGUUUCAUGGAAGAGAUGAACAUUACGACUGAACAAUUUGAACUUGCAUGUCUUGAGGGAAAAAACCUUCAAGCGUUAGCUAAUGAUGAACCCAGUGACAGUCAUUCAUUUUCAUUUCAUAAAGGAUUGUUUCAGCAAAUUUGGGCCGCAAAUGACAUCAGAAUUUUUGUUCGCAUGAUGAUUCAACGCAAUGUUGAACUUCAACUUCAAGCUUUGGAUUUGAUUGAAAGACGUCAAAAUGAAAAUGCGUCUUCGUCUAUUGAAAUGGAGAAUGUCGAGAUUGAGAAGUCCAUUCACAUCGAAACUAAGAUUGAUGAUCGCAAUGAACUGGAUUCAGAUAAGUUUAAGCGCCUCAAUCUGUUUUUUGAACAGGAUCGAAUUAAGAAUUCUGAUCUGUUGGAACGUCAAGAAUAUUUACUUAAACAACGUGAUAAAAUACUAAGUAUUAAGAAACAAGCUCGAGCUCGUCAGCUGAAUGAAGCUACCAAAGCUCGACCAUCUUCAGCAAGUCUGUCAUCUGCAAGAAAAGUAAUUCAAGGUGAACAAAUAGAAGCAGCAGAUGGAUCCGUUGUUGAAUUGAGAAAAAUUUUGGCUAAGAAAUUAAGAGAUGAAGUCGUUGACCAAACAUCAUCUCAUUAA